AUGCCGAAGUAUGCCAAAUUCCUGAAGGAGGUAAUGUCCAACAAAAGGAAGUGGAAGGAUUGUGAGAUGGUAAAGCUAAACGAAGAAUGUUCGGCCAUUCUUCAAAAUAAGCUACCCCCAAAACUGAAGGAUCCAAGGAGUUUUUCUAUCCCUUGCACCAUAGGCAAUGCUGAAUUUGAGAAAGCUUUAUGUGACCUUGGUGCUAGUAUAAAUUUGAUGCCCUACUCUAUUUUUAAAAGACUUGGAUUACAUAAACUAACAUCUACCACCAUUACCCUACAACUGGCCGAUCGAAGCAUUAAAUACCCUAGGGGAAUAGUGGAAGAUGUCUUAGUUAAAGUAGGGAACUUCAUCAUCCUUGCUGAUUUCAUUGUAUUGGAUAUGGAGGAAGACAGAUCGAUGCCAUUAAUUCUAGGGAGUCCCUUUCUUGCUACUGGUAAUGCCUUAAUUGAUGUACAAAGGGGCCAACUUACUCUUAGGAUCAAUGGUGAAGAAGUGAUAUUUAACGUUUUCCAAACUCUGAAGUAUCCCAACACAAGAGAACAUGAAAUAUAUGUGAUGGAGGACGAGGUAGAGCAG